CUGCGAGGGGCGAGCGCGCGGGGAGGCGGCCAAAACGAAAACAAACACAGGGAGGAUGCGUAAUAAUCGCAAAGUUUGUCAUUGCGAUGAACUCGGCGCGGGAUUUUCCAGUGGAUAUCCGGCGUCGAGGGCGUCACGACGCCCCAAUUACUACCGUCAGUUCGCUGCUGCGUCGCAGCAAAUCAUUAAAACGUGUGCCAUUCGAGCGUCGAUCGCUCUACAAGGCUGAUUUGAUCCACGCGUGUGGAUUCACGGUGCGAGUUUUCCGAGUUCGAGUUUUCCGUCUACGCUGGGGCGUAGAGUGGACGCAGCGCUGCCGGUGAAAAAGCAGCAAAGGCGUUUUUCGAUUGAGGCCCGAUCCGCAGCCCCGCCCCUUGGUCAUGUGGCCGCUGGUAUAGUUUCCAUUCAAUAGCCGUCUCGCUUCCACCCCGCACCCAUCGUGUGUUGUUUCCAGAGUGGUAUCCAGGCAACGGCGGCGGCGGGUUCGAUGGCAUGGAGGUGGAAGUCUCCCCCUCCGACGACUCCGCACUGCUGCCCCCUGCCGACGAGGCGCCCAGUGUCGAUGUUGCCAGUCCGAUGGUGACGGUGCGCGUGGAAGAGGCGGUCCUUGUCGCUCUCGUGCUGCUGCUAUGGGGCGGCGCCAUUGCGCUCUUCUUCAAGAGCUGGGGCAAAAUACGCAUGCUCGAACCGUACCAGCCCAAAUUCCAUCAGCAGCCGCAUCGGCCCUCGUGUCCGCUCGGCUCCCCCACUGCCAGCAACACGUUGCCGCGCGCGCCGAAAGGCAUCACUCAGCGAAUGUCCUUCUCCAAGUACAACGUGAACGCCCUAACUGAUCCCCUGUCGAUUCUGCCGUCGCCCAUCAUCAAGCGCCCGAGGCGCAGCUCCGUCUUUGUGGGCAGCGCGCUGAUCCUGAACGGGGCGCCCAGGCGCGCCAAGUCGGCCACCGACAUCCACUACGUGGGCGCCAUGGAUCCGCGCUCCUCCACCUCGCUGACCAGUUCAGUGGUGCCGAUCAUCAACCGCAGGCCUUCGCUGGCGGGCGAUCGCCCCAUUUUCAUAUCACGCCGCCGUCCAUCGACCACCAUCGAAAGGCUCCAUUUCGUGCCGAAGGGGCGGCGCGCCUCCUGCUUCGUGGGCGCCCACCGCCCGUUCAACAGCUUCGAGGCGGCCGCCUCCCAGCCAUCCGGACUGGCGGUGCCUGUGAAGGGGCGCUCCUGCGGCAGCUUCGUCAAUCCGAUCAUCAGCUUCGAAAUGGCGGCUCGGCCGAAGGCCUCGCGCAGUUUCGAGCAGCCGGGCAUCAUCAGGGCGAAGCCCGAGCGCCUCGCCGUCAGUCUGGACGUGGGCAGCUCGUUCAACAGCAGCAGGCGCUGCUCCAUGCCGGGUGGGCGCUCGGAGGAGACACGCGCCACUGAGCCCCUACUGGAGGCGCCAGCCAAUUCCUGUGGACCAUAUCUAGCCUAGGUGAAUAGGCGCCACUAUGGAGAAGUAUUUUUAUAUAAGCAUUUUCCUGUAAUUGCACCUGCCGGGGCGGCGCCCAAAGGGGGGUCAGCCACUUAUCUAUUGCUCACUCCACCUGUUCUGGCUCAAUUGAGGGACCACACGGCCCCCCUUUCUGUAUUUGGGGGGCAACCGACGUCCCCCGGCCACUCUAGUCCUAGAUCCUUGAAAUUUUAGUCCAAACUAUUGUGAUUAGCCACGUUUCCUAGUCUAGCCUAGUCGGUUAGGAAUGUUUAUAUUUACAUAAAUAUCUAUACUAUACAGAUUUUAUUAGAAUUGUGGUCCAAACAGUCUUCCGUAGUCACUGGAUUUUAGCAAAAAACUCGUUGAUCUCUCGUAGCCGUAGCUGAUGUAUUUUGGAAAAACGCACUGAAAAUCUCGCAACGACCCCAACCGGUGUUUACACCUCCAACCUGGGCGUGGUCAGGCUGUCACUUCACUCCUUCACUGUCACAUCUGACAGUAGUUUGUUGUUGAUUGUCAGAUGGUGUCGUUGAGAUCAAUGACUAAUAAAUAAAUAAGUAAAG